AUGAUUUCCAUAACUAACAUAAGAGGUUGGGGGAUUCUUGAAGGAUUCAAUUAUUUAGAUGUUUUCAACUCCCCUACCAUACAUAGUCUCCACCCAAUCCUAUCUUUUUGUGGGAAAUAUGACCUCCUCAUUGGCUAUUUCAUACCUUUAAACUGCCUAUCUGUGACAUCAUUCUCCCACCAAACUACCACCUGGUAGAAUCUUGGGGUUUCCAUGGAGCUGUCUGUAAAUAAGUUUGUAUCAUCGCAAGUGACCAGUGACCAGUGACCAGUAACCAAUGACCUUCAUACUGGACACAUGUGCUCUUUGGGUUCAGCCACUCAGACAUCCUCUCCUAUUUUAUCCUCCUCCAUUAUAUCUGCAGUGGGUGCUUCCUCACCUCUGACUAUGUCAGAAAAUUUCCAAAACCCAUCUUUACUGGGAACUUCAAAUUCACUACAGUUCUUUCUUCCUAUUGUGAGCAGUGCAGCUUCCCUAACAGCAAAUGCCCGCAACUUCUCCAGAGACUCUUCUCCAGCUGUCAGCUCCCCAUGGCUACUACCAUCAGACUCUAGCACCUCUUUCCAACCACUCAUGGCUAGCGCUUACCUUUACCAGCAGCCUAGCACAACCACAUUGCCUAGAGGUACUGGCCAGAGCCAGAUCUCCACUUCAGCUACUUCCUACCCAAGUAUCUUGGAGUGGGAUGUCACAGGAAGCACUGAAAACAAGUCAUCUUCUCUUGAAGACUUCACUGUGACCCUCAUUGACCAAGACAAAGCUGUCGCCUCCAUGUCUAUGGUAGCUCAGUAUGAUAAAACUCCAGGUGCCAAAAACAUGAUUACUAUGUAUCCAUCCCUUUCUGCCAGCCUUGUGCAGGGGACAACAUAUCAGAUUCCAAAUCAAGCACCUAGCUUGGCACUUCCCUAUCAGGAAGGAAACCAGGUAUAUUACUGUAAUCAAGGCACACUGGGGCCUCUGCUGUCUGGAGAACUUGGACCCUGCCUGCAGUCCUAUGGCUCUGAGUCAUACCCAGAAAAUAGGGGCUCUGUUCCUCAAACUUUAAACAACUUAUAUCCUGAAAUGGUGAUGGUACUCAAGGAGGUUCAGCCCACAAAUACACUACCACCAGUCUCCACCUCUGGAAUGUACUACUCUGUGUCAACUCAACCCAGCACAGAAACCGGUUUACAAGUGAUGGACCCUUCAUUGGGGAUGGAGACUUCCUAUGGAUUGCAACACCCAGGUCAGACACUUUGUCUGUCCCAAUCUCCAGAAUUCACCAAGGCAGGAAGUAGCCAAAUCCAGAUUCUUGACAGGCACUCAUCGCCUGAGGUUGGGGAAAUUCCUAUGCUAACUCCAAUUCAGAGUUCCGGUAACCUGGCUCUGCCUCCCACGCAAAACCUGGAACAAACACAGAAUAAAAAUUUGAAUGAGAUUAACAUCGAACUUGCCAAGUCUCUUGAUGCCUAUCAGAUCCCAAUAGAAAAUGAAGACCCUCCACUGUGCCCUCUAGAAAUCCCUGACAUUCAACAACUCCUGGCCUACCUUGAUCCUCUUGGCCAAGAGAACCAGUCUGGUUGUGAAAAUAUGGGCCUGGGGAACAAUAUUCUGUGCCUCUACGAUCAGGAAACACUUGAGAAUGGGGCUAAACCUAGUGGUGGUUUUGCUGACAUCACUACACCAGUGGGAGAGAUUCACCUGCCCCAGCUCUUCUAUUCCUUCAGUGACCUUGACCAAGCCAAAGAUUUCAACACAUUCCAAGUCAAAGAUGAGGGAGUCAUCAAAUUUAGUGAGGUGCAAGGAGAGUCAAGUGUCAUGAAAAGUCUCUCUGAUGAUGUCAGGAAUAUCACACAUGUGGCUUCCAAGCCUGUGGAUGGUCCUCUCAAGGCUGACACCCUGCAAAACAGCCAAGAGAGUGUGCUGGUAGGACAAGUGGUUCUCUGCAAUGAAGAACCCAAUGACAGGGCUCCUACUGACAUCGAAAAGCUUCCUAAUGACAAAUCUCAGAAAGCUGCAUCCAGCAGGAUCAGCAAAACAAAGAACCAGGGGCAGAAAAAGACCAAAGAAAACACCAAAAUAACUGAUGAGAAUAAAGCAUCAGGGAACAAAGUCAAGACAGAAGAGAAACCAACUAUUGCCAGGAUGAAGCGUAAGAAAAAUCAGCCUGACUUUAGUCCAGAGGUCUUUAAGAAGCCUCGAAGCUGCCUAGGCUUGCAUGUGCUUGAGUCUGUGCAGGUUUUUCAUGCAUCAGGGGAAAAGAGUGACAAGAAAACUGGGCUCUCUUCCUCUCGGGUCCUUGGAAACCCAAGUAGACCCAAAGACCCCCAGCAGCCAUCUACAGCUAUAAGAUCCUGGAUAGAUCCCCAAAGUGAGGGAAUAGGCCACGAGAAAACUCAAGUCAGAGUCCCAAAAGUAAACAGCAAUGCUGAAGAAGAAUGUUCAUCUCCCUACCAGUAUGAGCUGUCACCUCCUGGGAAAGUGAAGUUGGUGCCUUUGCCUUUUCCAGCCUUGAACAAGCCUCAAACUCAACCUGUUUCUCGAAGGCUACAGCCUAUGUCCUCACAUCAGCCUGCUGUGGCUUAUCCUGCCAGACCUGAGUCUACCUACUCAGCUCAACCUACUGCUGUCAAUCCCUCUUGUCCAACUGCUGCAGCUUUGACAGCUCCGGCCAGACCAGCUCAGCCAAUUUUGAACAUCCCAACUCACUCAGCUAUGACCAACCCUAGUUGUGUGUCUCAUUCUGCUGCUUCUAAGCCUGCACCCUACAAAACAUCAUCUUGCACUUCUCUCCAAUGGCAGCCUGUUCCCACUUCCGGCACCAAGCGCCAGUUUCUACCCAAAUCACAAAGUCAAUUUCUGCGCCAAGAUUUCUGCUUCCAACCAGUCCCAUGGAGAAAGCCCAAUGUCCCUGAGCCAGUAAUGUCAACUCCCAUUACAAAAGAGCAGAGGCCAGAGCGGGAGGCCAUGAAGAGAAAGGCUCAGCAAGAGCGUGAGAAUGCUGCCAAGUACACGGCUUUGGGGAAAAUGCAGUAUUUCAUUGAAAGGGAAAAAGAGAUGGAAAUCGCUCGGUACUAUGGCUACGUAAAAUAAGAAUUGCUAGGAUUCUUGGUGACAACUGGCUACAAACUGUCUUUUCCUAUGCAGACAGAUAUACAUUUCUCUAUUUAUUCUGAUCUCUCUUACUAGUUAACAAAUUGAAUAAAUGCAAUAGAAUUGA